AGUCCCUCAGCUGAGCCUGCUUUCUCGUCCAACUCGCUUCAGGGAGCUUCAAAGCGGAGACCCGCAGCCCCAUGCUGGAAUGAGAUACUGCCAACACUAGUGGAGUUUCCAUCAGCCUAUCGUUCCUCAGCAGAAGGGUCGUUUCGUUUAGGAAAGAAAAAGGAGAAAGCGAUUUAAAACCGUUUAUUUUAUUUUUGUCGGUUGAGGAGAGUAGAUGAGUCAAUGGCCGGGGCUCAGCCAGGAGUUCAUGCGCUGCAGCUCAAGCCGGUGUCCGUGAGCGAGAGCCUGAGAAAGGGCAGCAAAUUCAUGAAAUGGGAUGAUGACUCCACUACGGUGACCCCUGUGACCUUACGAGUCGACCCACAGGGCUACUUCCUGUACUGGACUGACCAGAACAAGGACACUGAUCUCCUGGACAUCGCCUAUAUCAAGGACGCCAGGAACGGAAAAUGCACCAAGACGCCAAAGGACAUGAAGCUACGAGAGCUGCUGGACGUCAGCACCCUGGUGGGGAAGAUGGAGAACCGGAUGCUGACGGUGGUGAGCGGACCAGACAUGGUCAACAUCACCUACCUCAACUUCAUGGCCUUCCAGGAGGAGAUCGCCAAGGAGUGGGCUGAAGAGUUGUUUGGCCUGGCGUCUAACCUACUGGCGCAGAACAUGUCCAGAGAAGCAUGCCUGGAGAAAGCAUACACACGGCUGAAGCUACAGCUUAACUCAGAGGGAUGCAUCCCGGUCAAGAAUAUCUUCAGGAUGUUCUCGGCGGACAGGAAACGAGUGGAGACAGCUCUGGAGAACUGCAACCUCCCUUCUGGACGGAGUGACACUAUCCCUCAAGAGGACUUCACUCCGGAGGUCUACAAAGUGUUCCUCACCAACAUAUGUCCUCGACCAGAGCUAGACAACAUCUUCUCUGACGUUGGAGCUAAAAGCAAACCCUACCUGACAGUGGAGCAGCUGACUGAGUUUAUAAACGUCCGACAGAGAGACCCUCGUCUCAACGAGAUCCUCUACCCUCCUCUCAAACCGGAACAGGUUCAGAGCCUGGUGGAGAAGUACGAACCCAAAGAACUGCUGGUGCAGAAAGGUCAGAUCUCAGUGGAGGGCUUCGCCAAGUAUCUGAGUAGUGAAGAGAACAGCAUCAUCCCACCAGAGAAGCUGGACCAGAGUGAAGACAUGACCUUACCGCUGUCUCAUUACUUCAUCAACUCCUCCCACAAUACAUACCUCACAGCGGGCCAGCUGGCAGGUAACUCGUCGGUGGAGAUGUACCGCCAGGUCCUCCUGUCAGGGUGUCGCUGUAUCGAGUUGGACUGCUGGAAGGGACGCACCACCGAAGAAGAACCUGUCAUCACACACGGAUUCACCAUGACAACUGAAAUCUCCUUCAAGGAAGUGAUUGAGGCCAUAGCAGAGUGUGCCUUCAAGACCUCCCCUUUCCCUGUCAUCCUCUCCUUUGAGAACCACGUGGACUCGCCCAAGCAGCAGGCCAAGAUGGCGGAGUACUGCAGAUCAAUAUUUGGAGACAUGUUACUGACCGACCCUCUGGAGAAGUACCCUUUGGAACCAGGUGUGCACCUGCCCAGUCCUAUGGAUCUGACGGGAAAGAUUCUGGUGAAGAACAAGAAGAAACACAUCAAGACAUCGAGCACCAAGAAGAAACUGUCAGAGCAGGCCUCCAACACGUACAGCGACUCAUCCAGUGUGCAUGAGCCUUCUUCUCCCAGCACAGGGUCGGCCAACCAGGAGAUGACCGAGUCCUCCCAGCCUCUAGAGGUCGCUGAGCUCAGCCUCCGACCACAGGGCAGGAAGUCCAUUGGUGAAGUUGAGGCAGAGAGUGACGAUGAUGAUGAUGACGAUGAUGACUGCAAGAAGGGGUCCAUGGAUGAGGGUACAGCGGGCAGCGAGGCGUUUGCCACAGAGGAGAUGUCCAACCUGGUCAGUUAUGUCCAGCCAGUCAAAUUUAACUCUUUCGAGGCCUCCAAAAAGAUCAAUCGGAGCUACCAGAUGUCAUCGUUCGUGGAGACCAAAGCCUUGGAGCAACUCACCAAGUCACCUGUGGAGUUUGUCGAGUAUAACAAGCUGCAGCUGAGUCGUAUCUAUCCUAAAGGCACCAGAGUAGACUCCUCCAACUAUAACCCUCAGCUCUUCUGGAAUGCAGGCUGUCAACUGGUGGCCCUGAACUUCCAGACAAUAGACCUGUCCAUGAUGUUAAACCUGGGCAUGUAUGAGUACAACGGGAAGUGUGGCUACAGGCUGAAACCAGAGUUCAUGAGACGGCCGGACAAACACUUUGACCCCUUCGCUGAGAGCACUGUGGACGGCAUCGUAGCCAACACGCUGUCUGUCAAGAUCAUCUCAGGCCAGUUCCUGACCGAUAAGAAGGUGGGGACGUAUGUGGAGAUAGAUAUGUUUGGUCUGCCGGUGGACACCAGAAGGAAGGGUUUUAAGACCAAGACGUCUCAGGGCAACGCUGUCAACCCUGUCUGGGAGGAGGAGGCCUUCACACUCAAGAAGGUGGUUCUGCCCACUCUGGCCUCGAUGAGGAUUUCUGUGUUUGAGGAUGGAGGGAAGUUCAUUGGCCAUCGCAUCAUUCCUGUGAAUGCCAUCCGCCCAGGUUACCACUACAUUGGUCUGAGGAAUGAGAAGAACCAGGCUCUGACCCUUCCUGCUCUGUUUGUCUAUGUAGAGGUCAAGGACUAUGUCCCUGAUACAUUCGCAGAUGUCAUCGAGGCGUUGUCCAAUCCCAUCCGUUACGUCAACCUGAUGGAGCAGAGAGCCAAUCAACUGGCAGCUCUCACUCUGGAGGAGGGAGCAGAGGAGGAGGACAGCAAAGAGGUGGAUGCGGGUGGUGAUGACCCCAUGGAGCCUGACCCCCGGGUGACCGUGCCCGCAGAGAACGGAGUCAACCACACCCCCAUCAUCGCCCCCAAACCACCCAGCCUUGUUAGCCACCAGCAACAGCCCACAGGUUCAGUGAAAGCAGCAGUGAAGACUGAGGACGUAAUUCAGAGUGUUCUUACAGAGAGUGAGGCCCAGACCCUGGAGGAGUUGAAGCAGCAGAAGGGCUUUGUGAGGGAGCAGAGGAAGCAGUAUAAAGAGAUGAAGGAGUUGGUCAGGAAACACCACCGCAAGACCGGCGAGCUGAUCAAGGAGCACACGGCCAGGGCUGCAGAGCUGCAGAACCAGCACCAGCGCAGGCGCUCCGCGCUGCAGAAGAGCCACAAACGAGACGGUAAGAAAAGGUCGGAGCAGUGUCUGUCGUCCCUGGAGCAGGAGCUGUGUGUGUUGGACCAGGAGUCCAGUCAGAGACUCUCUGAGCUCAAGGAGCAGCAGCAACAACAGCUACUCACACUGAGACAGGAGCAGUAUUACAGCGAGAAGUACCAGAAGAAAGAACACAUCAAAAUGCUGGUGGAGAAGUUGACAACCAUAGCAGAGGAAUGUCAGAGUGCCCAGUUGAAGAAGAUCCGAGACAUCUGUGACAAGGAAAAGAAAGACCUGAAGAAGAAGAUGGACAAGAAAAGACAGGAGAAGAUUAAUGAAGCAAAGGCCAACAACAAGAACGUGACAGAAGAAGAGAAGCUGGAAAUCAACAGGUCGUUUGUCAAUGAGGUGGUGCAGUAUAUCAAACGGUUGGAGGAUGCUCAGAGUAAGAGAAUGGAGAAGCUACUGGAGAAGCAGAACGACAUCCGACAACAGAUUAUGGAUGAGAAACCUAAGCUGCAGACCGAGCUGGACCAGGAGUACCAGGACAAGUUCAGACGGUUGCCCCUAGAGAUCCAGGAGUUUGUCCAGGACAGUAGCAAGGCCAAGCUUAGCGAUGACAGUACCCAUGGCAACCUGUCUGUCUCCUCGACGACCGAGAGGCUCAACCACAAAGCGUCCCAGUCAGAGGAUGAUACAGAAGACUCGUCGGAAAGAGUGUUUGACACACCCCUUUAAGACAAAUCUGAAAUGACACCCUUUUCCCUAUAUAGUGCAGUACUUUUGGCCGGAGCCUCAUAUAAAGACUGUCCAAAAGUAGUGCACUAUAUAGGGAAUAGGCUUUAGAGACGAAACAUCAUUAGAGACUAAACCCUCCCCGUCCUCUGAAUUGGACAGUUCUAGUUGGUCGUUCGAGGUGAAAAUUGCCAUUCUAGGGACAGCUUACCCUGCGCUAACUCCUAACCUGAACCAGUAGGGGGGUUAAACAAUAUCUGACCAUGGACCAGUAAUAGGGAGUACCUACUCUGUAGUUCUAUUCAGAUAUGUAAAUACUUGUUUUGUAUUUGUGUGUUUUUGUUGUUUUGCUCUGGAGCGGUGCAGACACAGGAUACGUGUAUGUGUGACUCGGCACUAACUAUGCGCAGGUACUAAGUUACAUACUUGAACCAUUGCACAGACAGAAUCAUUUCUUUAAAAAAAAAAAUAAUAAUGUUUUUAAAUGUGUUCUUACUUUUGAAAAAGGACAAUGUUUUAGGUGUUAGAUUACGUUCUCACAAUGCUGACUAUAGUGUAGGUCAGUCAGUGGUGCCAAUGUUUUGAUUUCACUGUGCACUUAGAGAAUAGUUAUGAGUAUCAUUGAUUUGACAUUGGUUAAGACCAGGGCAAUGUUGAAUAUGUAACGUACAAUGGCACCGCAAUGUAAAGCGAUUGCAUUGCAAGCCCCAAAUAAAGUCCAGGCAUAGCAAGUCAAUUUCAACUUCCUGUCCAACCACUGUGGACACAGCCUUUAUUUUCUUUAUUGAAAAGUACGAAUCGCUCCUAAUUUAUAUUUUGCACUGAAGGCUUUCUACAGAACUAACUCUUCUAUUCUAUCGUCGCCACCAAGCACUGGAGGCUUGCUGGUUCUAUUUCGUCCUCACAAAAGUAAGUCUACUCUGUGUUGCUGCUACCUUGUUUUAAUACUAUUUUUGUCCUAUUUUGCUUUGUAAGAUAUAUUGGCCUGGUCGAGACGUACUUAUUUUAUUGUUUUGAUUUUUUCAUUUUUGUAAUGCUUUUGACACAUUAGCGUUUAGAUUGUUUAUGGUUAAUCCUGCCGUG